CCGCGGCGGCGGCGCAGGCUGCGGCGGCUGCGGCGGUGGGGAUCCCCGUUCAGGGCACGUACCAGAAUAUGCCCAUGGGAACACCCGCGGACAGGUCUCAGGCUUUUGUCUCAUCGUGGAGCGCGGGCGGCACCUUCCCCUACGGCAUGUCCCCCCACGCCAUGAACAGCGCCGCGUUGCACCCGCUCCACUUUGGCCAAUCACCCCCGACGGCGCAGAUGUCCCACAUGGGAUUUGCCGCCGGGAUGCAGAAUCCGGCGGCUGCGGCAGCCGCGGCGGCGGCGGUGCAGCUUCCAGCGCUGCAGGGUGGCGGUGUGCCGGGCUCGCCCAUGGCCAUGGGGACGCCGCAGGGACUCGCGUAUCAGAUGCAACAGCGCGCCGGCCAGGGUGGACAGCAGCCGGGCGCGGGUGGAAUUCCGCAGGGUUUCCAGGGGUUCCAUCCCGGCGCCACCUUCCAGGGUCCGCAGAGCAUGCCCCACAACGCCAGAGCGGCCGGUGGGAUGGGUCCCCCGCCCCCCAAGCCCGCGCAGCAGCAGGUUGGUUUCAACAUCCCGGGCGCCCAGCAGUCCACGCCUCCCGGCCGGGGCAAGCCGCCGGCGGCAUCCCCGUCGUCGUUCACCCCGGGGAGCCUGUCGCAGACCCGAGGUUUCCGGAUACACACCGUCGAAGAGGACGGGGCGGAGAGCGACGACAUGGACAUGGACGGUGCCAGCGGGAGCGGUCCAAACUCGAGGAGAUCCUCCGGCAUGGGCGCCAGGAAGCGGAGCAACGAGGCUUUCAACGACCCAAGCGAGUGGGAUCCAAACUUCUCCGACGAGCUGUUGCUGGACGGAGAGGGCGGCGCUCAGCACGCCGCACCCCCGACGGCCGCGGCGCAGGGUUCCUCGGCGAUGAGCAUACCGGUAACUGGAGGGUUUGGGGACGGCGGGGCGAACGGAGGGUUUGGCGGGUUUCAGAGUCAGAGCGUUCCAAAGUGGCAGUCGGUGGCCAUGACGGGACGCGCGGGAUUCAGCCCUCAGCAGCAGGUUGGGGGUUGGCCCGGGCACAUGAACAUCGACCAGCAGAACGCCGCCAUCGCCGCUAAUCUCAACGCUUACCUUCAGCAGCAACAGCAGAACGUGGCUGCCGCGGCGGCUAUGAACACGUUCCACCAGGGAUCGCCGCAGCAGCAGAUGGGGUUCUUCCCACCCGGCGGAGUCAACCCGCAGUUCGCGAUGCAGCAGCAGGCGUUCGCGCAGCAGCAGCAGCAGCAGCAGCAGCAGCAGGGCCUCAACCUCACGGGUCUGGCCCAGCAGCCCCACCCGUUCAACGGUCAGGCUCAGCACCAACAGAAGGACUCGGGAUCUACUAGCUAGAUGAUGUCGACGAUUGAAUUUUUCCUAUCCCAACAACUCGUCCAAGAACGCGUCGUCGUCGUCGGUCCGCGCCGCGGCGGUGGCACUCGACCCCCGACCCGCUCCCCCGCUCCCCCGCUCCCCCACCGCCCCGGUGGAUAUCCCCAGCAGAUCGUCCAGCUCGUCGUCACCGACGUUAACUGUGCCGGGCGCCGGAUCCGACGGUCCGGCCCGGGUGCUUAAAAGGAGCGCGUCGAGGUCGUCGUCCCCGUCCUUUGGAGCCGGUGGGCUCGGAGCCGGUGGGCUCGGAGCCGGUGGGCUCGGAGCCGGUGGGCUCGAAGCCGGUGUAGAUACCCGCGGACCCGGUGGCCCCGUACCCCGGGCUCCCGUCUCGUCCCCCCCGGGUCCGGGUCCGGGUCCUUUGUCGCGGGCUUCAAACUCAGGUCCCUCGCCCAGGGCCUCGGCGUACUCCCUCGAGAGCCCCAGCAGCUCCGCCAGGGGCAGCUCGCGCAGCUGCCGAAUCAGCCCGUGCGCGUCCACGCUCAACUCGUCCCCGCCGAGCCCCGAGCCCCCGCCCCCCAGGGCGCGCUGCAGCUCCCCGAGGUCGUCGACGGACCACGAGGGAUCCAUGUACGCGGACACGUGCUGCCGGGGCAACGCGGACGCGUCGCACUCGGCGAGGAGAGCGGCGAGGUCCGCCCCGUUGGACCUCAGCCGGGGACCUGCUAAGGGAUCCUCGGCGUCGGAGUCGUCGUAGGCCGGGGGAAGAUCCAAGGAACGCCCGUGAGCUGGAGCAUCUUCCUCAUCGUCGUCCUCUUCCGAACCCGAAUUACCCGGCUCCCCUUUCCUCCCGAACGUUCCCCGCCUCCCGCCACCACGGCCGUGCACGCGACGGCCGUGCUGUUGCUGUUUGAACCUCGCACGCGCGAGGUCCUUGUUGCUCGCCCCUCCCUCCAUCGUGAACCCCGACGGGAGCAACACGCG